UAUUUUUGUUUUGUUUCUUCGUCGGCGAUUUCAAAGUUAACUAAACCAUCAAAUUCACAGUAUUUAGCUUUAAAACUACUGUAAAAAUGAUGAGUGAACUGUCGCGCGGCUUCCGCGAAGAUUGCUACGACUUCUUAGCGGAGUUUACCCGCCACGAAUCGACAGAAUUCCGUCACUUCUGCUACGAAUGGAAACGAAUGAACUUCCAGUUUGUGUUCUAUGGAAGGAACACUGACGUGGAAAUGAUUGCCUUUGUGACGGAGGCAUUGGCCAUCGUGAAGAAGAUUUUCAUGAACUCGAAAAAGCCGCUGGAGAGAAUCGGAGCGUUCUAUAUGUUGUAUGCGCUUUACUUUAAGCAGCCGACCGAGCAGUUCUGCAAGAUCCGGGUCACUACCACGGAUUGGGCCGAAUUCAAACAAUUUGUCCAGAGCCCGACGUUCGAGCAUCAUUCGCUGGAGGUUGCGGCCAUUUUCUGGAAGAUGUUCGUCGGAGAUGCUUUUCGGUUCGUGCAGGACGAGUUCGAGUAUGGGUACGAUGCGUUCUUUGUCAGAGGUGAUCAAUCGGGGCGGUUCGACGAUAAGGCGAGAGAUUCGUUCAAAGUUGUACGACAGGCCGAGAAGGAGUUCCGGACGAUGAAGACCAAUACGGGAUUGUAUACGGCGCUGGAUGCGCUGGAGAUGGGGUACAACGAGAUGAAGGAGUCGUUAGAAGGUGAGUAUCUAGGUUUAUAUUCGAAGUUGUAUGUUGAGAUGAGGCUUAGACCGGCCCACAUUUGUAUGGCGAGAAAGAAAAGUUGGAAACAUUCACGGGGCACCCUCUAGAAUCGUGCCUUUGGAUGAAAAGAACAAUCUGUGAAAGAUUUAGCUCAAUCGGUUUAAAACUGAGCUGGCGCAAAUGAAUUGAAGGUUUGUAUGGGAUUUUCAGUCCAAAUAUAUGGGAAAUUGGAUGGCCUACAGUCUCUCACUCAGUAUGCCGGUUCGGCGAGUUCGAUUAAGCUCAGAAUUGAAAAGAAUGAUGGUUGAUACCCUAAGGAACAACUUUGUAGAAAAUCA